CAUGAAACCCAUAGAGCUGCGAGCAAGUUGAUUGGGUAAUGCUGAUGACGUUAAAUUUUCAGGAAAUUUGAACACUUUGUUGGUAAGCAGAAUUGUUCAAGGUACCUUUUCAUCCAUGAAUUUGAGCCAGAAGCAGACAGAUCUAUAAUUCAGAUGAUUCACUUGGAAGAAAUAACUUAAGUUAUAAGGACAAAACGAAUUCCCAGGGAUUGCAUGAAUGGAAAGCGAACUCUACUUGUUGCCUCCGUUCUUGAACUCCAGGAUUCCUGCUUCUUCUUUCCAUCCUGUCAAAACUGCUUCUCCAGGUUGAUUUUGGUUUCUGACCGAUACAAGUGCUUAAAAUGCUGCAGUACAUUUGAAGUCAGACAUGUCAAUUACAGGUACAGACUGUCGCUGAAAGUGUCGGACAGUACUGAAAUCUUUGCCAUUACUGUGUUCGGAGGUUGUUUGGAGCCUUUCUUUGGAGUGACAGCAGGAUUUCUUCAGAGGUAUCUAGAUGGUCUGAAGAUAGAAAUGGAAGAAGUGAGAAGUGAUGCAGCUCCCUUCAGUCUAUUGACACAGGCGGUGGAAUGCUGUUUCAUUGGAAAAAGCUUUAUAUUUGGGAUAAGUGCUUCUGGAAACAAGGUUGGACAGUGUUCAUUAUCUCACAGUGUCUUGCAUACUUCAGUUUCCACCUGCAGAUUUCAUAAACAGUUGAUUGCUAGCCAGAUUGCCUUACCAAAUUCUGAUAUCCUUGGAUCAACAGUGAUAAGUUAUUAUAAGCAACUUCUGUCUAGUAGUUUGAAGAAUAUUAGCAGUGUAGCACAGCUUCCUGGCAGUCCCUUAAUCGUGGCAGAUGAAGCAAGCAGUUACUUAAGUAGCCUGCCUUCUGAGAGUAGCCAAAGCACAUUUCAGAGAGACUGCACACAUCGCUUUUCAAGACCUUGGCAGCAAUCGCUUGAGCUAACCUAUUCAGCUGCAGAUAGUACAAUUAAUGAAAGAUUGUCAACCUCUGAACUUAGAAAGGUUCCCAUAAAUGGUUCUGCUUGGGAUGAGAAGUGGUCCUUCAAACAGAUGGGUAGAUUAAGCUACAGAAAGUCGUCAUAUCAAAACUCCUUUCAGUACAUGGAACAGCAUCAUUCAGAUGAAGUAGACAAGAGCAGAAAGAGAAGAACUAAGUGCAUGAUUUGGAACAAAUGUGAUGUUCUGUUUAAGCCUAGUCCUUCUCAACUUUGCAUUAACCAUGGUGCAAAAGUACAGUAUUCUGAUUUACAGCAUGAUCCUCCAUUCAAAUCAGAGAUUUCACAAUGUUCAUGGCAAAGUCAGAAAUCCUGCAUUAAAAAGUCAAUAUGCAGAAACUCUGAAAUGAAUCCUGCUAACAGACACAGUUUCUGUUUAGAAGAGUGCAGGGACAUCACACUUCCUAUAAGAGGUGAAUAUGUUAACCAUGAAGAAAUCCCAGAUUGCUCAGAAAUGACUAGACGUAUACCUGAAGACAACCUGUGGGAUGACCUGCCUUUUUCUGAAAGCUUGGGUGAAUUUAUACACAACAUCCAUACAAAUGUUAAAACAAAAACUGAGGCAAAUUUUGACAGAGCUACUUAUGCUGAGUCUGAGUCAGUUAAAAAGGUGGAGAAUUCUAGAAGUCCUCCUGUUGGGCAGAAACCUGUUCAUGAUUCUUAUAAGGGACAUGCAAUUAAAGAAUGUCUGUCUUCAUCACAAGUUAAAUGUGCUACCACCAGUGUACUUUGGAAUAAUUUCUCUGUUCAGUCUUCCGAGUCUGUAAAGGACAGUUACGGUUUUGGCAGCAGCAGUCUUUCUAAAGGCUUGUCACUGCCUGGUUGCUUGAAAAAUACCUGUUUAUCAGAAAACAAAAUAAACCGCUCGUGUGGUACUUCAGUGAUUUGUGAUGAAAACAGAGCUGUACCCAAAAGCACUGACCAUACAAAAGCAUAUGUUGUUUCAGGGAUUCAAGAGAAGAAAGGGUUCAAUUUCUCAACUUGUUCUGAAGCAGACCACAAUGCAUGCUUCUGCCCUUUGAAAUGUGUGUUAAGAAAUGAUUGUGACACUGAAAUAAAAGAGCUCUGUAAAGGUGCAUGCAAGCAGCCCCCACAACAAAAAAAUAGCAGCUACGAAUUCUCCAAGAUAAAUUUUCAGGAAGAGUGUAAUGCAGCUAGAUUAUCUACCUGUAAAGAAAAAUCACAUGAUACCUGUGACCUUACUGUUGUGAACAAACCAAGUCCAUUGCUAAAUUUAAGUGGUUAUUCUAACGAUUUGUACAGUGGCUCAAUUGAUCUUUUUGAUGAAUGUGAAACCAGCAGUUUUGCUGAUUGUGUUCAGAACACACCAGUUCCGUCUUCUCAGCCAUUCAACUCAAAACGCUACAUUUUCAAGUUGCAGAAGCCCACUUGUGAUUCUGAUCGGAAGACCACAUCUAAUCCAUGCCUUUCCAGUCUGACAAUGAAUGUGCAGACUCCAAAAAGGCAAAGAAAGAGUUCACUUGAAAAAGAAACACAAUCAGAUUCUGAACUGGACCUGAUAGACUCCCAAGAUUUUGUUCCAUAUUCACAAUCCACUCCCAUUCUUAAAACACCCCUGAAUGGACCAAAGCACUCACUGGUCAGUGAAUGUUGCAGGAACAGGAAAAUGACAAAUGCUGAUUAUCAUAAUACUAAAAUUAGCGAAGCAGGUGCUGUGCUAAAACAUAACCAACUAAAACACCAUUACCUGAGAUUGAAAAAGUCAUCCAGCCUGGCCUCAAAGAAAAAUGAAUUUUUAAAAGUAGAUUCAUAUUUUUCUGAUUUGAACUAUACUUCUACCAUGUUAUCUGACAGUGAUACUGAAGAGUGUGUCCCACCUUCAACUAGGAAGCUGACAGGGCAAAAGCACACAUUUUCAAAAAUGAACAAACUUCUUGUUAGCCAUUUUAGCAAAGAAUCAGCUGUACUGUCUAAAGGUAUAAAUUUCCAAACUGACAUUCAGGAACACUUGAAGACCAGCAGAAGCAAUCAGCAAGACAAAUGUGUUUUUGUCAAUCAAUCCAUAGUCCAAAAAGGACAAGAAAUAAUGGACAAUUUCAGUGAUCCAAUUUGCAAAGGUGACAAUUCAGAUAAUGAACUUGGCAGCAGUCUUUCAAAAGAAAAGGAAGAUGUUCUCUUCAGUUCAGUCUUUUAUUUCAAGUCGGCCACAAAACAGGAUGAAUUGAUGGGCUCCUUUUCUCCAGAGCUGUUUGCAGAGAAUUUAUCUUUUCCCAGAGAUGCCAUUUCAAUUCAACGGCAGCUCUUCUGAUCAACUUUUUUGUCUCCUUUUUUUUUCAUUAUAGAACCUAACUAGGAGGUGCUGCAUGCAUAGCAGCAUGUUAAUAUCAUUGGCAUCCAAGAUGUCUGUUAUUGGAACAAUGACACAUUGCCUAAAAAAAGAUAUUAACUACAUUUCUGAAACAGUGCCAUAUGUGCUACAAAGUGCACCUGUAUUACUGUUUAAUAGCUUCAUUACUAAGAAGCCUAAUUGAUUAUGGAACUGUCUGAAUUCUAUCCAGUUAUACAGUUUGUAUAUAUACUGUAAAUGUUUAAGACACUAUGGUACAGUGUAGUCAUAUGCUUUGUAGUGAUGUUUAAGCUGUAUCAAUACUGUGUUGACUUUAACAUUUUCUGUGCCACUUGGCUCAAGUCAUGACUGAAAAGGAUCCUUGGAUGAGUUUGCCUACCAGUUUAAUAAAUAUGAAUGGGAAAAAAACGGUACCUCUUUCUACUU